ACAACUUCAUAUCGAUUUUCGUACAUAUUUUUAAGUUUUGAUAAUUUUUGUUUUUUUUUGUGAGAUUUAAAUUAAAAAUUGAUUAAGAAUUCAUCAAAAAAAUACGAUAAAUUUUCAUUCAUCAUGCAGUCAAGUCAAGUGUGUGCUUGUGUAGCAUAAAGAAUAUGAAUCACAGUGUUUAAUUCAAUAAAUCCACCAAAAUUCAUUUUUUGUUAUUUUGAAAUUUUUGUCUACUCUCGAAAAUAUCAAUCAGUGCUGAUAAUGUGACACGAAUUUUGGCUGGCGUUGAAGCAAAAAAUAAAAUAAAAAUAAAAUUAAAAAUGAAUCUCGACAUUUCAAAUCUUUUCCUGUUUUGCCUCAUCUCGAUAGUAAUCGGUGCAACAAUUACACUUAUUGUACAGUAUUACAUUUUUAUGAGGUUCUUUAAACUGAGUAAUGACGAAACUAAUGAAACUGACGUACAGACUGAGAGUAAAAAGAGCUCAAAAUUUCACAUGCCGGAAACUUUAAUGGAUGGCCUACUUAAUGCAGCAAAUCUCGACGAUAAAACAUCACAAAUUAAAAGUGUCAAUUUAGUUCUACAGUUUCUGUUUUUUGAGCUCCGUUAUUCAAAUCAAGUUAGAAAAUGGUUCAUACGUAAACUCUCAUUGGAGCUGGAUGAGCUGCUCACAAAGACAACGAUUGGAAAAUUCUUCUCAAAACUUUCGAUAAGCGAACUAGAUUUGGGGAGUCAAUUUCCUGAAAUUAGAAGCCUAGAACUAUCAAAUGUUGAACUCCAUGAAACUGAAGGUCAUAUUGAGAGUUUGGAUAUUCUCAUGGACUUACACUACAAGGGAGACUUUCUAUUAAAAAUCGAUGCUGAUAUGGUAUUAGGAAAGAAGGGAAGCUUAUCAAUGCGAGUAAAGCAAUUAACUGGAAAGGCACGCCUUCAAUUUACACGUAAACCAUUUACUCAUUGGUCAUUGAGUUUUCUAACAGAACCGCUGAUAGAUUUACCAAUUGAGUCACAAAUUCAAGGACGUCAAAUGCAGUCGAACUUAACGAGCUUGAUAUCAUCAGCUGUAAAGAAAGCGAUACGACGUAAACAUACAUUGCCAAAUUACAAACUACGCUUUAAGCCAUUCUUCAAUCGUCUCAUUUACGAUGAUAUUGAUAUGCCAAUUCAACAAUCCGGAACAUUGGAAGUCACGAUUCGGACAUUAGCUCGAUUAAAUUAUCCCGCUCAUAUAACACAAGUUUAUGGUGUCUUAACACUUUCACGAUAUCCAUUUGUAACUGCUAAUCAACUCGAUGAACAUAAUCUGUCAAUGAUAUUGGACAUAGAAAUCCAUAAAGCAAAGAAUCAGCAAAUUGGCAUUAUUUUUAAACAAACACCCGAUCAAAUAUUGAUUGAAACAAUUAUCCCAAACACACCGGCAGCAGUAGCUAAAUUAAAACGCGGCGAUGUUCUAUUAUCGAUUGAGGGACGUCGUGUGAUGCACAUCAAUCAUGUUGCUAAAGUAUUAAAAAGUCUGAAUAAGUCAGCAUUCACAAUGAGAGUUGAAAGAACUAUUAACGGUGUCAUCAAGAAUGAUUCCAUCACAGAAGACUAUAUAGAUGUUUAUGAAGACUUUAAUAUGUUUAAUAUAAGUUUCUCGAAAAAUUCCGAUACUGUACAAAUUGGAGGAAGUGAUGGACCUCCGUCAGCACCUAAACCAACACCAAAAGACCCACCGUCAUCGAACGAAUCAAGUAUAAGUAGCACACCAUCAAAUUCACCAAGGAAAGUUAUUGAUAAAGCGAAAAAUUUAAUAAAGCACAAUAAUGAGACGAAAGUAACCGAGGAACCGCCAAAGAAGACACCAACACAUCAUCAUACAACAAAUCAAUUACAACAACAUGCGACUAUUGACUGCUCUAUAUCGAAUUUCAUUAAGAUGAAUGAUUCAACAAUAUUUUAUUUAAGUCAAACUACACCAUAUUCAUACCUGAAUGUCAACAUUUUUGGACGUUCGCUGAAAAAUGACAAUAUGCUUUUGGCGUACCUUAAUAUACCGCUUGAUAACGUCCUUGCCGAGUGCAGUGAUUCAAAUCUUUAUAUUGAAAAGUACAUGUUUAAUCCACCGGAAGUUCCAGAAGUCUCAAAUCAUCAAUUAUCAGCACAAUCUGGAUUCACACCAAUGAUCUGCUUCGGUGAUGCAUGUAUGAGCUUUGUAUGGAAUCCAGAACUACCUAAAGAAGGUCUAAGUCCAAAACAAGAAAGAGCAAAUGAAGAAAGAAAUGCAAAGAAAUUAGAGAAUCUGGGAUCACAGGACAAGCUAGACAGUGAUAAGAGCGAAAUUAUGGCAAAUAGAAAGCAUGACUUUAUACGUACACAAUUCAACAGAUCCACACAAUGUGAUUUUUGUGGUAAAAAGAUUUGGCUUAAAGAUGCCGUUCAAUGUCGCGAGUGCUCAAUGUGUUGUCAUAAAAAGUGCAUCGUUAAGUGUCAAUCGUCAACCGUUUGCAGUGGAUUCGUUGAGUCGAGAGAUUUUGAUGACUUAUCGCAAGGUCAUCAACCAGAAUUUAAAGUUACGGCAGCUGAUUGCGAUGAUGAGUAUUUUGAAGUGGCUGAUGAGGCUAUAGAUACGUAUAAAUUAGCAGGACAUCGUCAAUCAUUCAGUGAUUUAUUAGCACAGGGAAUUAAGAGAGUAAAUUCUGCAAAUAACUUGAAUAUACCAACAAUUGUAUCGUCAUUGACACAAAAUAGUAAAAGUUUACCGCCAACACCUCAGCACACCCCAUCCAGGAAGCAGUCAAUUACUCAAAACAUGAAUCCAUUUAGUGAAGUUGUGAAACGAUUGGAACAUGCACCGGUCGAAAGAAGGGAAAUGAGCUGUGAAGAAAUUAGAUUUUUAGUUGAGCCAUUAAUGUCAUGGGGAAGUUUGGAUGAUCUAAUGGAUGUUGCAAAGUCGUCUGCUGAAUUUUUGUAUGCUGAUUAUGAUACGGAUGAUAGGCUGAACAAAAUUAAUCAAUUACUUUCAACAUUGCGCGUUGCUCUUGAUUGUGAAACAAGUUACCAGCACAACAAUAAACUUAAAUUACAAGCAUCUGCUAAUAAAGAUGUCGACAGUGCACAAAAAUCCUUAUCAGCUAGCAACAAUGCCCUUGACGAUCGCUCGGAAGAGAGGCUUCAAAUUUUAUCUGUAAUUAUGCUACAUUUGUGUUCUGGCUUACAAAAUACGCAAUCCAAUAUGUAAUUCCCCUUUCCUCUAUAAUGUUCUUCGUAUUAUAAAGAAUAUUUCUGACUAUCUGCAUGUGACAAUUCUAGACUCUAUCCAUACAAUCUACUUUAAAAAUAUGAUAAAUUUAACCGCUUUAAGAAUAUUUGAUACUUGGUAGUGAUGAGAAUGCAAUCAAAAAAAAGACUUUAUUUAUAAUUCCUUCAUGUCAUUUGAUAGAUGUAGGAAAUUGAGUCAUUGAAUUUUUUUAUGGUCUUGCUGAGAUCAUGCAUAAUGAUAAUACUUAAUCUUACUUUCAUUUUAAUGAAUUUGUGAGUAUUUUUAU